AUGAAGCCUUCUCGUUUUAGAAAAAAGACUAAACCAGGCUCUCGAUCUGUUCCAAAGGACCGUAUGUUGACAUACGCAUGCUAUGCAGAGCUGAGAGAACUCAUUCCCAAUGGACAUAAGAUGAGCAUUGAUCGUUUGUUACAUCGAACCAUAAAACAGAUGUAUUUCUUGCGAAGUGUUGCAAAACAUGCUAAGGGACUAGCAAAACAUCAAUUACUAAAGGAUAGGAAGGAUCAGAAAGAUCAUUUCAAGAACAUUAUUAGUGGAGUCACGCGGGCUUGUGAAAUUGAAAACGAAAUGAUGAUUUGUCCGCUGGUGGUUGAGGACCUUAGUCAUCCAGGUCAAAUGCUUAUCAGGAUUCUCUGUCAAGAACAAGGUUACUUUCUGGAGAUAGUAGAUAUGAUCCGAGGUUUCGGGUUAAAUAUAUUGAAGGGGUGCAUGGAAGUUCAUGAGGCUAAGAUACAUGCACACUACAUAGUUGAGGCUGAGGAAAACCAGUUCGUGUCGAGGCACGAGAUCUUUUCCUCAAUUGUCCACAUUUUAGGGCUGGCAGACGCUAGUAAUGAGUUCGGUGGAGAUGAUCUGCUGGGUAAUGUGAGGCAGGGAGGGAUUGGUUUGUUGAAUGAUUCUGUCCAAUCUACAUGUGGUGCUCCCACAAGCAAGACCGAAGCUCAAUCUAUGGUGUAUAGGAAUGAUGUCAACCAUAUAAAUGUGAAUACCAAAUUUAUCCAAGCCGGUUACCUCAAGGACCUUCAAACACUUCUUUGGUUGUCUCAAGCCUAGUUAGUUAAUACGCGUAUAAUACACGUAUUAUACUUAUGUACGUAUAAUACGCGUAUUAUACUCACGUAUCUGUAUGAUUUUAAAAAAUACUUUAAGAUACG